AUGAGUAAUAAUCAUUUAGUAUUGGCAAUAUUAUGCAUCUUCUUUUAUUUCAACAACCUUCAAUCUCAUCCAGUAGAGGAAAAUGAGAAAAAUUUUGGUGCCUAUACCAGUAAUACCACAUUACUUGGACUUUUGAAGCCGGAGAUUGAAGGUAAGAAAAAUUUGACAACUUUUGUCUUACAUAGCAAAAUAUUAGUUCAAAUUUCUUCCAGAGAGCCACUGUAGAAGUCUCCAACUCAAACACUUAAUAACGGACGUCAUCACGAAGGCUCCAAACUCGGUGGCUUAUAUCCAAAAACAUCUACAGGUAAACACUUUGCUAUCUGAUACAAAUUUUAGGCCGUGGAAUGACAAGGCGGGCCAAAACGUCUUGACAUGUCUGCACAGUGCGCCGUCGUGCAAGAAAUUUGUCGCGGGGCGACAAGAAAAAUUUACGGUGCAAUGCGACCCCGCACAGUGCAAAACAAGUUUGUUUUGAAAAGGGCUGUUGAAAGCACGGUGCGCUCUGCCUUUGCACCCCGCCAAAUUUUUAUCGCGCGACACCUCGUUGCAACGCGGAAUUCAUUCGCCCGCAUGGUGCGAAUGUCAAAGACUUUUUGGCCCGCUUUCUCUCUCUCUCUCUCUGCACCGUGGGAAUGCACGAAAAAACCAAAACCAAUUCCGCGGAUCGCACAGUGCAAAAAACAAAAAAUCACAAAAAUCCCUUUUUUGGGUGAAAUAGACAACCCGAUAACCCAUACUUUCAGAGCAAGCUUACCUCCACAUUCGAGUCCCAAUACGGCUCAUAUUUGGUUAUGGUGACCCGAAGCAGUCUCUAUCAAAGUUUUGCGCACGGUGCGGAGCCCGGUUACAAUUAUUGCAUGUACACGUUGCGGAACAUUGAGAGGCAUCCAUACUGGGAGAUUUGGGUUCAAGUCCUGAAGAUUGAUGAGCAUGUUCUCUAA